UGUUAGUCUUGAAUGCGAAUUCGGGUAGAGUAAACGUGUUUUAACGUGAUGGCAAUUAAAUUGAUGCCCGUAUUACCCUUCGUACUGUACAUAUUGCUGCUGUUGGUGCACAUCUCAUUGUCACACCAGCUGCACGAUAUUUACACUUCCUAUGCAGCAGAUGCCCAACAGUUGACAAUGGAGAAGCGCAAUCAGAGCGAGAAGUUGAGUCCAGUGGAAGGCUCUUCACCACUAAGGAAUGAGACAAGUCAAAAGCCUAUAAGUGAGAGAUCGAGUGAGCGACCAAUUGGGAAGCCCUCCAAUGAGAUAAAUGAGAAUUCCACUGAACAGGCCGCGAUGAAAGAGAAAGAAGAAACAACUGAACAGACCAAGGAGAAGAUGAAAGAGCGCCCAGAAAAAGACGAUCUCUUAAAGAAAGAUCCAAAGAUUGCCGAAAUUGGACCGCGCAUCACACUCGACACGCUGCCCGUGUGCGGGGAUGGCUUUAAACUAUUUGGAGCUCAUUGUCGCAAGGAGGCUUAAAAAGCCGUCAAUAAAUGAAAAAUGUGA